AUGGAGGACGGCCACGCUAAAACCGUCGAACAAGCCUUAAACUUUUUUGGGACAGACGGGGAACGUGGACUCACGUUAGAACAAGUUAAAGCCAAUCAAAAGAAAUAUGGCCCAAAUGAACUGCCGACGGAAGAAGGGAAAACUAUAUGGCAGCUAGUCUUAGAACAAUUCGAUGACCUUCUUGUAAAAAUUCUAUUAUUGGCCGCUAUCAUUUCUUUUGUCUUAGCUUUAUUUGAAGAGCACGAAGAUACAUUCACAGCAUUUGUAGAACCUUUAGUUAUUCUUUUAAUUUUGAUAGCAAAUGCCGUUGUAGGUGUAUGGCAAGAAAGAAAUGCUGAAUCUGCUAUUGAAGCCCUUAAAGAAUACGAGCCGGAAAUGGGUAAAGUAGUCCGUCAGGACAAGUCUGGAAUUCAGAAAAUUAGAGCGAAGGAAAUUGUACCUGGAGAUAUUGUCGAGGUCUCUGUAGGAGAUAAAAUACCUGCUGAUAUUAGAUUAACACACAUCUAUUCGACUACUCUCCGAAUCGAUCAAUCAAUUUUAACUGGUGAAUCAGUAUCAGUUAUUAAGCAUACCGAUCCUAUACCCGAUCCCCGAGCCGUUAAUCAGGAUAAAAAGAAUAUAUUGUUUUCCGGUACUAAUGUGGCAGCUGGGAAAGCUCGAGGCGUAGUCAUUGGUACUGGCUUGAAUACAGCUAUCGGUAAAAUUCGUACAGAAAUGUCAGAGACAGAGGAAAUCAAGACUCCAUUACAACAAAAACUUGAUGAGUUUGGUGAACAGCUUUCAAAAGUUAUUUCAAUAAUUUGUGUUGCUGUAUGGGCAAUAAAUAUUGGGCACUUUAAUGAUCCUGCUCAUGGUGGCUCUUGGAUAAAAGGUGCUAUCUAUUACUUUAAGAUUGCUGUAGCUUUGGCUGUUGCAGCCAUUCCAGAAGGUCUGCCUGCUGUAAUCACAACAUGUUUAGCUUUGGGAACUCGACGAAUGGCUAAGAAAAAUGCCAUUGUUCGUUCUUUACCGUCUGUAGAAACUUUGGGUUGUACAUCAGUGAUCUGUUCUGAUAAAACAGGUACAUUGACAACCAAUCAAAUGUCAGUAUCAAGAAUGUUCAUUUUCGAAAAAGUCGAAGGCAGUGAUAGUAGUUUUCUUGAGUUGGAGCUAACAGGAUCUACCUAUGAACCUAUAGGUGAGCUGUUUUUGGGUGGUCAACGUGUAAAAGCUACAGAAUAUGAAGCUCUUCAGGAAUUGGCUACUAUAUGCAUCAUGUGUAAUGAUUCUGCAAUUGAUUACAAUGAGUUCAAACAAUGCUUUGAAAAGGUUGGUGAAGCCACAGAAACAGCAUUAAUUGUACUAGCCGAAAAAUUGAAUCCCUUCAAUGUUAACAAAAGUGGACUUGAUCGUCGUUCUGCUGCUAUUGUUGUACGUCAAGAAAUUGAAACCAAGUGGAAAAAAGAAUUCACCCUUGAAUUUUCACGCGAUCGUAAAUCAAUGUCUUCUUAUUGUACACCACUGAAACCGUCGCGGUUGGGUACUGGUCCGAAAUUGUUUGUUAAAGGAGCUCCAGAAGGCGUGUUGGAUCGCUGUACACAUGCACGUGUUGGAACAAGUAAAGUUCCAUUAACUUCCGCACUCAAGAGCAAAAUUUUGGCCCUUACUGGACAGUACGGCACUGGUCGCGAUACCUUACGUUGCCUGGCUUUAGCUGUAGCUGAUAGCCCAAUGAGGCCUGAUGAAAUGGAUCUGGGAGACUCUUCUAAAUUCUAUCAAUAUGAAAUUAAUUUGACUUUUGUUGGUGUCGUGGGUAUGUUGGAUCCCCCACGUAAAGAAGUUUUCGAUUCUAUUGUACGCUGUCGGGCUGCAGGCAUUCGUGUAAUUGUAAUCACAGGUGAUAAUAAAGCAACCGCUGAAGCAAUCUGCCGCCGCAUAGGCGUUUUCGGCGAAGACGAAGAUACAACCAAUAAGUCAUAUUCCGGUCGUGAAUUUGAUGACCUUUCUCCCGCUGAACAGAAGGCGGCAUGUGGUCGUGCCAGACUCUUUUCGCGCGUAGAGCCGCAACAUAAAUCGAAAAUUGUUGAAUAUCUUCAAAGCAUGAAUGAAAUCUCUGCUAUGACUGGUGAUGGUGUAAACGAUGCACCAGCUCUUAAAAAGGCUGAGAUUGGUAUUGCCAUGGGCUCUGGUACUGCUGUAGCUAAAUCAGCCGCAGAAAUGGUUUUGGCCGACGACAACUUUUCGUCCAUUGUAUCUGCCGUUGAAGAAGGUCGAGCUAUUUACAAUAACAUGAAACAGUUUAUUCGUUACCUCAUUUCAUCAAAUAUUGGAGAGGUAGUCUCCAUCUUCUUAACCGCUGCCUUGGGAUUACCAGAAGCGCUUAUUCCUGUACAGUUGUUGUGGGUGAAUUUGGUUACAGAUGGUCUUCCAGCAACUGCCCUCGGUUUCAAUCCACCCGAUUUGGAUAUAAUGGAGAAACCCCCACGUAAAGCUGAUGAAGGUCUUAUUUCGGGCUGGUUGUUCUUCCGGUACAUGGCUAUUGGAGGUUAUGUUGGUGCCGCAACUGUGGGUGCUGCAGCUUGGUGGUUCAUAUUUGCUGAAACAGGUCCCCACCUAUCCUAUUGGCAGUUAACUCAUCAUUUGUCGUGCAUUGGUCCUGGAGAUGACUUCAAAGGAGUUGACUGUAAAAUAUUUAGUGAUCCUCAUGCAAUGACUAUGGCUCUCUCUGUACUCGUAACCAUUGAAAUGUUGAAUGCAAUGAACAGUCUAUCAGAAAAUCAGUCGCUCAUUACUAUGCCACCAUGGUGCAAUAUGUGGCUAAUCGGUUCAAUGGCUCUUUCAUUCACACUUCAUUUUGUUAUCCUUUAUGUGGAUGUCCUUUCUACCGUUUUCCAAGUGACCCCACUGUCCGGGGAGGAGUGGUUAACUGUGAUGAAAUUCUCAAUUCCUGUAGUUUUAUUAGAUGAAACGUUGAAGUUCGUUGCUAGAAAAAUUACUGACGGUGAGAGCCCCAUUCUAAAAAUGCAUGGGAUUGUGUUAAUGUGGGCAGUUUUCUUUGGCUUAUUGUAUGCAAUGACGCUUUAAAGAGUUUGUUCAAAUAACUUACGUACAUACAUAUUUCUAGCAAAAUUAGUUAAAAACCAACUAUUUAAUUAAAAUUCUAUACUAAUUCCCAAAUGACAUACAUAAACUUUAAUGCUUUAGCAUAAUGCUGCUGAAACAAUAGUAAGAGCUUGGAGAAUGUUAUUUUUAAAUAUUUUAAGGUAAUUAAACAAUAACAGUAUAGUAAUGCCUUCAGUGUUUAUAUUUACUAAUUUCAAAGGUUGUUAGGUAUAGUACUAAAAUUCAAGUUCCGAAUAGUUAAUAUUUAAUUAACAAAAUUCCCUAGCUUAAAAGAAAUUUCUAGAAGCAUAACAGUCAAUAUCUUCUGUAUUAUUUUUUUGUCUUGUUGCUUACAACUAAUAUGUAUAUAAAGUCAUCAAUCAAAAUAGAGAUUUUUGUUUAAUAAAGGCAUUACGGAAUCUCCAAAUGUAAAUUUAAAUUCAAUAAGGUAUGAAAGUACAAAGUAUAUCAAUUUUAUAGUUGAUAUUACGUACUUUGCAUUUCAAUAGUCUGAAAGAGUCAUCAAAAUUAUUGAUUUGAAAUCGCAUAAAUGUGCGAUAAUUAUUAUUAAGAGAUUUUUUUUAAUAUGGAUUUAAUUACAAUAUUUGAGAAAAUCGUUCUCAAAGUUCAAGUCGAAGUUUCUACCGAUUAAAUAGCAAUGUACUUAUACCAAUAAAAAUGUGUUUAAAUUUUA